AUGUCAGAUACAAAUACUGUCAUGAAUCAAACUGGGGGACACGAUGAGGAAGAAUUUGAGGUAGGACACAUUCAUCGCGUCAUUGGAGCUACAAUUCUCUGCAUCAUAUCCCUAAUCGGGAUCUUUGGAAACAGCCUGGUAAUCUUGGCCGUGUCGGUUUCAAAAAAAUUGCAUACGAUCACCAAUGUGUUUGUGGUCAGUCUCAGCAUAACAGAUCUUUUGACGUGUGCCAUCUUGCCUUUCCAAAGCCUUGGGCUUGUGCACCCUGCGAAGUGGCCUUUGAAUCCUACCUUUUGCCAAGUGGUCGGAGCGUCCGUUUACAUUCUAACACUGACCAGUGUCUUCACGCUUGCGAACAUCGCCUUCAAUCGCUACUAUCUCAUCACACGUCGACGAGAGGCUUACCAACGACUGUAUACGCCAUCGAAGCUAUGUCUGAUGCAAACCCUGGCCUGGCUACAAGCUAUUCUAUGUCUAGCCAUACCCGAACUGAUCAACAUAGAGACGUUGGGUUACUCCGAUGAGCAACACUGGUGUAGCUGGCUCAGCAAGCCUGAAGACCCUAUCGGGAUCUACGAGACAAUCGCCUUCGUGAAUAUCUUUCUGGCAUUUCUCCUCAUCCUCUUCUGCUACGUCAAGAUUUUCAUGCGUGUUCGGGAACAACGGAAAGUGAUGGCAAACAACAACCUACCUUCAGAGCCUACAGCUGCCCCUUCUGCAGCGACCGACACUCAACUAGAGAACCCACAGAAUCCACAGGACAAACCCGAGAUCCGCAAGAGAGACAGUCAGAUCAACAAGAAUCUCUUCAGUGUUGUCUGUGCCUUCUUUUUUAGCGUCAUGCCUCAUACCCUUUGUGUCCUCAUCCCCGGCCAUGAAAUCCCAUCCAUCUAUACCUUCAUCUUGAUGUCUGUCAACUGCUGCAUCAACCCUCUCAUCUAUGCUGACAAACAUCCACAUUUCAAGCAGGUCUUCAGGUGCUUGCUUAGAUGCCAGUAUGAUAAGAUCCCAAACCCUGUGUCAUGGGUGCGGAUGUAUGCAGAAUAG